AUCGCACAAAAUCCAGACAUAACCUAAUAACCCACAGGAAUACUUUUAAAAUAAUCCUGUAAUUCUUGAAGUCAGUGCAUUUAAUUGUCAUAAAUAAAAAAUGUUGUGAAUUUUUGACGUUUAUUCAAAGUAUGUUCAGAAAAGUAAUUUAUUUUUCAGCAAUAAAUAACAGAAUGUAUUAUCGUUUAUCUAUUAAAUCAUAACUAUUUAAAAAAAUGACAAGACCAUCAAUAACAGUGAUUUUAUCAUGUCUUUUUAUGAUAUAUAUUUUAAACGAUUUAUGGUCGUUAGCACGAUUAUUUAUACCUCCAAAGUGUUCUGAUGAUUCUUCAAAUACUUGUUUAGAAUCAUAUUUAACUUCAAAACCAACUUUACAACUAUUUUUAUACACGUCAUCAAAUGUAAACAUUAAAAAUUUAAAUUUAAUUUAUCAUAAUAAAGGAUUUGAUUACACACAACCGUUUAAUAAGGUACUUGAAAUCAAUCUGCCGAAAGAAACUACACAAAAUGGAUCUCUUGUAUUAACUGUAGCUUUAUUAGAUAAAAUUCAUACAUUAAAAAAGAAUUGGGAUGAACUUAAAUUUUUAGACAACGCAGCAGUAGAACGAAUAUAUAUAACCAAAUAUGCUAAGCCGCAAGCAAAAACGUUCAAUUUGCUGGGAUCCGAUAAAGAAAAAAGCAAUACGAAGGAAGAAAAUGUUAAACCAGUUACUCACUUAAAAAGUAAAGUAAAAUUUAAUGUAUUUGCUGACGAUGUGAAAUUGUCUACAAAAGAAUUACCACCAGAGUUAGUUCGACUAAUAAGAUUAAACAAACAAAACAAAUACCUGCCAAUUUUACAAUAUAAUUUUUUGGAAUCACGUUUAGAUGAUUUAGUCUUAAUUACACCGAAAACAACCUCAUUGAAUGUGACCUUUUCUUAUGCUCCUAUUGGAAUUGGAAAACUACGUUUACUUCUACAUUUGGAACAAUCAAUGAAGCAACUCUAUAAUUUAGGUUUUACCGAAAAAGAUGUUGAUUCAGUUAAAGAUUUGUUUGCUGAAUCCAAUUUAUAUGUUUUGUGUCUUACAGUAUUGAUUGGAGGUGUACACUUACUGUUCGAUAUAUUAGCAUUCAAAAAUGAUGUUUCAUUUUGGAGGAAUAAAAAGUCAUUAGCAGGAUUAUCACCACGAUCUGUUCUAUGGCGAAGUUUUAGUCAUGCUGUGAUAUUUCUCUACCUAUUAGAUGAAAAUACAUCGUUAUUAGUUUUAAUUCCUAGUGCAAUUGGAACGUUAAUUGAGUUUUGGAAAGCUACAAAAAUUUUCAAAAUAUCAUUCAAAUUAGGGUUUCCUUGUAUUAAAUUUACAUUGAAAGCAAAUAAUGACGAUGAACGUAUUACUUAUAAAUAUGAUGCUGAAUGUAUGAAAUAUUUAAGUUAUGUUUUAUAUCCGUUAUGUAUUUGUGGCGCUGUGUAUUCUUUACUUUACGAACCACAUAAAGGGUGGUAUUCAUGGACUAUUAACAGUAUGGUGAAUGGAGUGUAUGCGUUUGGUUUCAUAUUUAUGUUGCCACAGUUAUUUGUGAAUUAUCGCCUUAAAUCAGUGUCAGCUUUACCAUGGAGAGCCUUUAUGUAUAAAGCAUUUAAUACAUUUAUCGAUGACAUUUUUGCAUUUAUAAUAACAAUGCCUACAGCUCAUCGAGUUGCUUGUUUUAGAGAUGAUAUUAUAUUUAUUAUUUAUUUAUAUCAAAGAUGGCUUUACCCAAUUGAUUAUAGCCGUGUUGAUGAUCCUGAUGUCCAAGCUUUAGGACCUCAAAAACCUAAGGAAAUAGAAGAUAAGAAAAAACAAGAAUAAAUCGAUGGCAUAAUAGACGGCUGUGCAAUAAUUACAUUACAAUUAUACCAAAAAAUUCACCUUAUAUAAUCAUUCCAAUAAUUUAUUCUAGCAAUUUUGAUGGAACUAUUUCAUACAUUUUUUAUGAAGAAUUGUUAUCAAAUAUUAUUUUAUCUUA